UGAGAAGGAUCGUUUCUAGGUGAAGCGGCACUAAAACCAACUUCAUCGCACAGUCGACUAGGCGAUCGGUGGCCGUUCCAAAAAUGGCCUGCAAUCUCAACGAGGACAGAAAAUUCGAACGGGACGCCGUCCAGCCAGGAGCGUCGUGUCCGGACAGCUGCGAGCAGUCGUCAACCUCUAGCGCCACUACAUCCGAGCAAAAUGGCGAUCAGGCUGCUGGAUGCGAGGAAGAACCGACGCCUGAAGCGGAUCCGUGCGAGCGGCGGAGGAGCGGGCUGUCAGAGCUGAGGAACUGCGCCGCUUCUCCGGUUCCCCUGCACAGAUCCGCCGCUGAGGAGUGGUCGCGCAAAGGCUUCCACAUUCCGCGCAAGAAUAAAGAGCGCAGAGGCUUGCUACAGCCUUUAGCUCUGGAUUCACGAGAGUAUGAGGAGCUCAUGAAGAUCCUCUCGUCAUCAUACCUGGAUGCAUCGUCUCGAGGAUCUUUUACCUACACUAAAGCAUAUCUCAUUCACAAUGAACUGCUGGAGAAAGAGUUUGUUGAGAAGAAAAGAGAACUCAAACAGGCCGGGCGAGGCGAUGCUGAACUAACGGAUUCGUAUGCUUUUCUGAUGCCUGAUCCUAAUAAGACUCACUGGAUCUGUGAAAAAGGUCUGUCAGCGGGACAUGCACGCAUUAGCAAUUUAGGAAACCCUGUUAAAGGGGUCUAUCUUUCAAAAUAUUCGGAUUUGUUGCAAAUAAAUCCGUUUGAAGCAGGCGCUUCUGGGGAGAUCAUUAUAUUUAAAGUUAUGAAGGGUAAAUCUAAGACUUUGUUUGAAAAUAUGCCUAAGGGUAAUCUGGAUCCUUCUCUUAAGUUUGAGUGCCAUAUUCACAAGAACGCCAGCAAAGUGACCUCAUUAUUGUCGUAUCGGGCCUUUGAGCUCACUCAGCAAUACUUUUACGAGUUUGCGUUUGAUGAGCCGAGGUCCCGGCCCAGGCACGUUUGUCCAUAUGCGUUGGUGUCGUUUCAGUUUAAAGGCAAGGAGUCAUCCACGGGUGCUCACAGGUUAAGCAGUUCUGUGUAUGAAGGGCAUCGAGGACGCCGAAGGUAUACGGUGUGGAGUGGUCCUCUAGUUAACAAGGGAGAAGAGCUUUAUCACGUUUGCAUUCGCUCAGCCAGUAGCCCCAUUCUGCCUUUCAAACUUCCUGAUAAAAUUGAUAUCAGUGUGGCAAUGCAUAUUGAUCAGGUGAAGAGGAAAAUUCCUGCUACGCUUCUUUCAUGGGAUACAUACAGUGGAACACAAGAGGCAAUGAAAUGCGGGAUGUACUGCAGCCUGUUUAAUGUCAUGGCUAAGAACAAGCAGGGUCGCUGCUUGUCCAGCCUGCUGCAGAAAAUGGAAAAGGACAAAACGGUUUUUGUGAAGCCCCUGGUAGAACGAGGAUUUCUGCUACUCUUGGCGUCGUCUCACUUACACAGUUCUAACGAGAGGCGGGGGAGGUAUGACAGAGGAUUAUACGCACUUUUUAUUUAUCAAGAGUCAAGAAUGACAACUAGAUUACUUUCUCCCAGUAUGUGCCAGCUGGGCAGCUUGAAACAGGACUCUUUGGUGUCGCUUGAGCCCAAAGAUCCAAUAACUGCACAUCUAGACACCUAUGUUCCUGCUCUCCACCAUGCUUUAUUUAAGUUUCGCUCCAGUCCACCAAAAGACCUGGCAAGUGCAGUGAAGAGCCAGGCUCUGGAAUAUCUGAGCUUGAAAGAACAGGGCUCGACGAGGCUCUUUUCCAUGCCAGAGUACCGGCUGAGACACGACGAGCGACCCCACCCGUACCUGGUAACACGGCCCAAGAGCCUGGACUCUGUGCUGAAAGCAUACAUCCACACGCCUGCUUACUUCCAGCUGGCUAUGGAGUGCCUGCGACCGGGUCCGGAAGACAACGGCCCUGCUAUGGAAGACGAGUUUAGCCCUGUGUCGGACUGGAGCUCAGGCAGUGCCAAGCCGACACUGGUGCAAUCCAAUGGCAGCGGGGCUCAGAGACCUCAGGGCGAGUACAACAAGGAGAAAAUGGAGAAGCUGUUACAGCUUAUACAUAUGCACAAACGCACCCAGGGCAAAGAGGACGGAGGCUCGCAGGAGCGCAGCGAUGACUGGGAGCCUGUUGGGCACAAAAGGAAAUUUGAAGGCGAAGGCUCGGCUGGAGUCAGCAAAUACCAGAAGUCUGAAAACCUGAGCAAUGGAGAGCCAGGCAGAGCACCUCUGGUGGAUAAGCAGAGUUCUCUCUUGACGAUGAUGGAUAGUGUUGGGUUGUGUGACACAGACUUCCGCAAGCAUGUCAGCCAGAAUGCGUCCAUCAUGGAUACACAGAAUUUGCUCAAACUCUUUCUCACUGCCGUAAAGAAAGUGGCCCAGACCUCAGUUUCUGAUGCUUCUGGCUCUGAUGCUGACCCCUCACUGUACGGGCAGGUUCAGGACUGCCUCACACUUGAGUCAGUGGGUGAACUAUCCAGGCAUGCUGAGGGAGAGACAGCCAUACAUGAUAUUUUAAAGAAUCAUAUGGAAUGCAGUAUUAGCAGUAAAGGCAUUGACGUGUGCAGUCCGUCUUCCAGCAUCGAGCACCAGAUGCAGCGGUCAGCCGAAAUCGCCCAGUCCUGCCAUGACCGGUUAGAGCAGAGAGCAGGUUCCACAGUUCUGGGCACUGUGAAUGAAGGGAGGACUUCAGAGACGGACAGAUCAGUGCCGGCAGCAGGCAAGACGCUGGACUCGAUCCUGGACCAGGAGUUUCAGACACUCUGCACGUGCAUCCAGGAGCAAUUGGACAAACAGAAAAUAGUCUAUGUUUCCCAGCCUGCUCUGCCUCAUCAGGAAGCUGUGCCCGACAGGUUGGGCUCCACCUUUUCUCCGUACAUCGUCAAAUACGUCUCACCUUUGCCUGUGCAGGGUUACGUCAACACACUGUGUGAACAGAUAAAUCACAUGAUUAGCCCACCUGGUUUUCAUCCCAACCCUGCUCUUGCUGGUCCUCCUUUUUCUUCUGCUGCACUUUUUCCAGUAACUUCAUCUUCAAUUGCUGCCACUCCUUCUGUUACUGCACCUCUUACGGUUUCUCCACUUGCCCCUCUCCACUCCUCACAGGAGCUACUACAUAAGCCAGUCAACACUCCACCUGCUUCUACUCUUUCUCCAACCCCUGCCCCAAAACAACACCCCUCCCCUUGCAGAAAACCUCACAUGGGCAACGUCAACAAGAAAAAAACAGACUCUCAGGUUGAAAAUGUUGUUGACAGUCCCAAAGCUUUGCCCUCGUCAAGACGCACUGGUGUGCCACCGAUACCAGAGAUUUCCCCUGAACCGACCCAGACAGGUGCUGCAGGAAAUAACGUGAUCGGUCAGAUUAAGCCAGACGUGCUGUGUACGCUGGUGGAGAUCAUGCAGAUGAAUGCAGUCAGGUUUUACAUCCAGCCAGGCGAGGAGGAGGAAAACCAACUUUUCACUGAGAUUAAGGCUUAUUUGAAGAGCCUUGGCAACAUUGAGUGCGAUCCUCAGACCUACCUGAAAAACAACUGUCAGCAGAAGUUUAUGGUCAUCGUUAGGAAUGAAGACAUAGCUUCUCAUAUUCACAAGGUUCCAGCCUUGGUGUCGCUAAAAAAGUUACCUACAGUGUAUUUUGCUGGAGUGGACAGUCUAGACGACGUGAAAAAUCGUACUUACAAUGAGCUUUUUUUGUCUGGAGGGCUGAUUGUAUCAGACGAGGCCAUUCUCAACCCUGACUUCAUCACGUUAGAGAAGCUUCAGAAAUUCUUACAGUUUUUGGAAGAGCAGAGUGGGUCAUGGAAGUGGAAGGUACACUGCAAGACUCAGAAAAAGCUAAAAGAGCUCAGCAGGUUAAACAGUAAAUCUCUGGAUUUGUUGAACCUGCUGACAGUUUAUCAAAAGAAGCAUCUGGUGGAGUUCUUACCUUACCAUGAGUGUGAUGCUCCAUCAAGACAGGCUCCAGAUCCAGACUGUCUGGUGAAGUUACAGGCUCAACAUACACAGCUACGACACGUUAUCUUUCUCACAGAUUCAUCCACAGAUGUAGCCAAGUUCUCAAGUAACAGUGUCAUCACUGCUAGCAUAAAAGACAUCAUGACAGAUUUUGAGAGACUAAUCAGUAUUACUAAAGCUGAUGUGCCCACUCUGCCCAGCUAUCCAGCUUCAGCGGCAAUGGAUGCUUGCAUAGAUGAAGAGGACAUGUCCUUAGAUUCGGAUGAGGAACCAUCAGCGCAAGUUGAGAGCAAGGCAGAGGAAAAGACAACCACAAUAUCUUCUCCACCUCAGAGUGAGAAAUUUCAACCCGCUGCACCGCCUAUCCCAGACCCGGAGCCUUCAUCAUCCUGUCCCAUAGACUACAGUGCACUCAAGGAAGCCAUCUCACAGUAUAAAGCCUGUAAGCAGGCUGCAACACCCAUACCUGAGGGGGAUGAGAACCCGGCCAGUUUUGGUGUAAAUCCUCAUCAGAGCUACUUGUUCCCAAGCUCGGCACAGUGGAGUCCCUAUUCGGGAUCGCCUAGCUACCCGUUUAGUUCUGCCUUUUCUCCACUUGCAUGCUUGACCUCAAAAGGACAGGAGUACCCAGUGACUUCAAGCCAGACCCCUUCAAUCACCAUGAGUUUAAACCAGCCCCCUCCUAUCCCUGUGAGUUUAAACCAGCCUCCUCCUAUCCCAGUGAGUUUAAACCAGCCCCCUCAUAUCCCUGUGAGUUUAAACCAGCCCCCUCCUAUGCCCGUGAUUUUAAACCAGCCCCCUCCUAUCCCCGUGAUUUUAAACCAGCCUCCUCCUAUCCCCCUGAGUUUAAACCAGCCCCCUCCUAUCCCAGUGAGUUUAAACCAGCCCCCUCCUAUCCCCCUGAGUUUAAACCAGCCCCCUCCUAUCCCAGUGAGUUUAAACCAGCCCCCUCCUAUCCCCGUGAGUUUAAACCAGCCCCCUCCUAUCCCCGUGAGUUUAAACCAGCCCCCUCAUUUCCCUGUGAGUUUAAACCAGCCCCCUCCUAUCCCCUUGAGUUUAAACCAGCCCCCUCAUUUCCCUGUGAGUUUAAACCAGCCCCCUCCUAUCCCCUUGCCUCAAGUGUCUUACCAAGAAAACUUCUCUACUAACCCUGCUCACCACUCGCCAUCCCAAACCUUCAGUGGCGUAAAGGACCGAGUUCCAGAAGUGGCUUCCUGCCCUCAGUCUGUGCUACAGACUGAUGAAAGUCAGCCAGCUAUGUCUGGCACUCAGGAUACACAACCUAAAGCCAUGGAACCUUUGCCUAGCUACCUGGAUGUUCCUAUUUUUCCUCCUCUUCCACCUCCACCCCCUGUGCCACCCAUGUUUAAGUGGCCACCCCCAGCUGAGGCACAGCACAGCUUUGCCCCGGAUGCAAACAAGGCUUCUUUUGAGCAAAAUGAAGCAGCUCCUUUGAACACCAUCCCUAGUGAUGGAUUGACGACGGAUAGCAAGUUUGAGGGAAGCAGCUCUGGCACAGCACCCCCCUCAGGGAUAGAGAUGGGCAGGACGUCAGGCAGUGUAACACCCAGCAGCCAGGGCAGCAGGACUCCAGGAGGCUUUUUUACUGAAAACCAGAGAAUUGUUAGGACACCUGUCCAUACCCAGACUGGAAGGGGCAUGUCUGGCAGGGGUGGUGCCAUCCCUAGAGGACAUCCACCCCGCCAAGGAGUCAACAUGCCCCCUAUGUGCCGUGGAGGCCCACAACGGCCAGGCAUGCACAGUGGAGUCCGUCCGUUCAGCCCUCGGGGACCUAUGCCAAGGCCAAUGAACAUGUGGCGUGGGGGUCCUGACUUCAGGGGUAGAGGAAUGCCCCCAAUGCCCAUGAGGUCCAGACCGUUCAGAGGGCCGAUGAGGGGUGGUGCACCCUCUAACUGGGGCUUUAAUGGUCCUCCAAACAAUUACUACUGACCGGAUCUAUCCCCAAAUGAUGUGGGGGAGAAGUCAGUAUUCAUAGACUACUGCCAUACAGAAUGUAUAUAUUCAACAUCACGAGCACAUUGAUCCAAUGUCAAAUUAAAUUAACAUAACGUUGUUUUCUACAAAUUGGACUGAAUAUUUAGACAGUGGUCAUUGUCAUGCUGUCACUAAAAUAACUCUUCUUUAAUGAGAUGUUUGAAACCUCGUUCAUACCACUAUAUUUAUAUUGCCAAGAAAUGUAAUUGCCUUUCAAUGUUUUCAUUUUAGUUAAAAUUUUCAAAACGGUUUGUGAACAAGGAGCAAAAUGCAGACAAUAUUUUUUUUUAAAAAGAAAAAAAGAGUCACUUCAUUUUAGCUGCUUUUGUUUUUUGCUUUUUUACAUUCUUGGUUGUACAAAGGUUUGAUUAAAAAAAACAAGGUUGUAUCAAACAUGA